AUGUCGAACGCGCUUUUUUCUCUGAUAAGCAAGCGCGUGCUUGCGGAAUCUGCGCAAAAUCGCUUUGGAAUGGAGGAUCCCUAUUUUGAAGAAGUACCUGCUUCUCGACUAGGUCGAGCCGUAGGCAAGAAGAAGCAAAAGCGCCGCAAGGCUAUUCCGCCAGGAUUGUCUGAACACGAUGCCGACGUCCUUACCAAGGUUAAGCGUCGAGCAUAUCGACUUGACUACUCCCUGUUCAACUUAUGUGGUAUCCGAUUCGGCUGGGGUAGUGUGAUUGGGCUUGUUCCAUUUGUCGAACAUGUGAAGGAAUUGAAGGGGGGAUUGCCGUCGCGGUUGCGAUAUAUGAUGCUUGUGAAUGUGAUCAUUGACUUUGUCAUUGGUCUCGUGCCAUUUAUCGGUGAUAUCGCGGAUGCGGUGUAUAAGUGCAACACAAGAAAUGCCGUGCUCCUCGAGAAGCAUUUGCGUGACAAGGGCGCCAAGGCUCUCUCCAGGCAAAACAGUUCAACCAGGAGGAGCGAACGGCGGGUUCAGGAAGUGGAUCACAGUCUCCCAGACGAGUAUGACAAGCAGGAAAGUGGUGUGGUGGGUGACUCUCCACCGACAUACCAGGAGCAUGGCUCUGGUAGAAAUAUGGCAGAGGCCAGCACCCACCCAACAAGACCUCCACCUGCGAAGCAAACUCGGUCUAACCGGACCGUCGCUAAAUGGUUUGGUGGAGCGAGCCGUCCACAGGAGGACCCAGAACGUGGGGCAUGA